AUGCUGUGUAGCACGCAUCCCACGGGUAAUCAGGCCAUGGCAAGUCCUGAACCCGACACUCUAAGGAAGACAGCUGUGGAGACUGAGAUAGCUGUUGUUUCUUGCUCAACAGAUCCAGCAUGGUACCGUCAGCCUCACCUACUGUAUCUCAACUACAUGAUUUUCUCCCUGGUUCUCUUCUCUUCGGCCAAUGGCUACGACGGCUCUCUCAUGAACGGCUUGCAGGCUUUGAAUGAGUGGAACCGUUUCAUGGACUAUCCGACCGGCGCCAAACUAGGAUGGAUCAAUGCAAUCAUCCUGCUAGGCUGCGGAGUGGGGUCCCCUAUUGCCGCCUGGGUCUCGAAUCGGCUCGGACGCAAGCCGGGUCUCUACGUCGGUUAUAUUUUUAUGAUUCUCGGUUCAGUACUGCAGACCGCCUCUCCAAACCCGACGGCUUUCUUGCUGGCCCGCCUGUCUAUCGGUGCGGCGUCUGGUUUUUUCGCAAUCGCGGCUCCCCUGCUCAUCAACGAGAUAGCGCAUCCCAGACACCGGGGCGUUGUGAACUCGCUGUUUAUGACCGGAUGGUAUAUGGGGGGCAGUGUCUCUGGGUGGGUUAUAUUUGGGAUCCGAUCCUAUUCCUCGUCGUGGUCCUGGCGCCUUCCAUCGCUUCUGCAAGCUCUUCUCCCGGCCGUUGCUUUGCCGGGGCUCCUUCUCGCUCCAGAAAGUCCUCGAUGGCUUAUCUCUCAGGGGCGCGAGGACGAGGCGCAUGCCAUUCUCACGCGGUAUCAUGCAGGCGGCCGUCCCUCAUCUUUGGUCGAUGCCGAAUUCGACGAGAUCCGCGCGACGAUUCGAGCCGAGAAAGAUGCCCACAAGGGCGCCAGUUAUGUGGACAUGUUCCGUACUCCGGGGAAUCGUCAUCGACUCCUGAUCUCCCUCAGUUUGGGGUUUUUCGCCCAAUGGGUCGGCAAUGGUGUCAUCUCAUACUAUCUAGCUCUUAUUCUCAAUACGGUCGGGGUGACCAGCGUCAGAGAUCAGACGCUCAUAUUGGCCUGCAUGCAGAUGUGGAACCUCCUGUUUGCCAUUGUAGGUUCGGUGCUAAUUGACCGAUUCGGGCGACGCCCACUCUUCCUUUCAUCUGCCAUGGUCAUGCUCGUCAGUUACGUCGUCGUCACGGCACUAUCGAGUUCUUUCGCGGUAACUCGCCAUGCAGCCAGGGGGGUUGCUGUCGUACCCUUCCUCUUCAUCUUCUUUGCUGGUUAUGGCGUUGCUGUAACCCCAUUGCUUACCGCGUAUCCGUGCGAAAUCUGGACGUUCCGUCUUCGAUCCCGAGGUCUGGCCGUAACCUGGAUGUCCACUAUCUCUGCCGCGUUCUUCAAUAUUUUCGUCAACCCAAUCGCCCUGGAGGCUAUUGCAUGGAAGUAUUACUUGGUUUUUAUUGCGGUCCUGCUGCUGUUCGGUGUCACCGCGUUUUUUCUAUACCCCGAAACCAAGGGCUACACGCUGGAACAAGUAGCCGUCAUAUUCGACGGACCGACGAGGUUAGUGGAAGAUGUCGAAGAACCGGAAUCAGUUGAUAUCACACAUGAUCUGAAGGGCGUCACGUCGGCUACGCACCGAGAGACUAUCUAA